AUGAACAUCAGUAAAGAGCUUAAGCUUGUCAAAGAAGAGAGACUUGAUCACGACAUUGAAUUAGAAACCAAUUGUUUCAAGAGAAUCGAUGAGAUCAAAGGGCAUGUUGCUAGAGACUCCGUUGAGCUUGGAGCAAGGUGUUCUCCCAAUAAUAUUCCAACAAAUCUAGUUUAUUACUGCAUAAUUAAAAUUCGAUCUCGAAUUAGGAUUGUUGAUCGUAGUUUGACGCUAGAGAAAGAGAGAGUACGCGAUAAGAUAAUGAAUAUAGUUGCAACUAGUGAAGGUCGGAAGAUAAUAAGAAUGAGUCCUAAAGCCUUUUUGGACCUAUGUUCUAUAUUACAACAAGAGGGCGGUCUUCGACAAACACAAAGGGUAACAGUAGAGGAACAAGUUGCUAAGACGCUAUAUAUUCUAACUCACAAUGUUAGAAAUCGAGAGAUUCAGUUUUGGUUUCGACGCUCUGGUGAGACUACUAGUCGUCAUUUUCAUCGUGUUCUUAGGUCGAUAAUUGAGAUAGGACGUACAUAUCUCAAACAACCAGAUGGUUCACGCAUUCCUGCAGAAAUUCUUGGAAACAAUCGAUUUUACCCUUAUUUUAAAGAUUGUAUUGGGGCAAUUGAUUGUACUCAUGUUCGUGUAAAAGUACCAUUGGCUCAAGCUUCAAGAUAUCGUGGUAGGAAAGACUUUCCUACACAAAAUGUGUUGGUCGCAUGCUCAUUUGAUCUAAGGUUUACUUAUGUUUUGCCUGGAUGGGAGGGCACUGCUUCCGAUUCUAGAAUAUUAAAAGAUGCUCUACGGAGAACAAAUGGUCUUAAAAUACCUAGAGGUAAAUUUUAUAUUCUUGAUGCUGGAUUCAUGUUGAGAAAGGGGUUGAUUACACCACUUAGAUCAACACGUUAUCACUUGAAAGAGUUCUCCAUCACAAACCCCCCUAGAACACCUCAAGAGUUAUUCAACCUUCGUCAUUCAUCGUUGCGCAAUGUUGUUGAAAGGGCUUUUGGGGUUGUGAAGAAAAGAUUUCGAAUCAUCUCAAGUGGUGCUGAAGCGACUUAUGGAGUCGACACUCAAAAUUAUAUUAUUCUUGCAUGUUGCAUCUUGCAUAACUAUUUGAUGGGAGUAGAUCCCGACGAAGACUUGAUUGCUGAGGUAGAUGAAGAAAUUGGCAAUCAAAGUGCUCCUCAAGCCAAUCAUGGACAUUUAGAAGUAGACGAGGAUGAACAAAACACGCAUUUAGGGCAAAUUUUUAGAAAUUCUAUGAUUAAUGCAAUGUGGAACGAUUACAUAACACACGAUUAGAGAAAAUUUGUAGAAAUUCUAUGAUUAGUGCAAUGUGAAACAUUACAUAGUU